CCCCUCUCUCUCUGUCUCUCUCUCUCCUCAAUCUCUCUCCGACCCAAAUAAGAAAAACCCUCUCUCUGUCUAAAAGAAACUCAGAUACACCUCAAGAAUGGAGAGUUCAGCUGCAGCGUACUUCAGCUACAAUUGACAGCCGAAACCCAUCUCAUCCUCCUCCUCCUCCUCUUCUUCUCCUUCUCCUUCAUCCUUUUUCUUCCCAAAGGCCAUCAUUACAUAGUAAGGAAAAAGAGCAACCAUCGAAAAGGGCAGCGAGAAAGCGAAAGCCUCCCCCUCCCCCGAAAAAGAUAGAGCAGAAAACACCCAAGAACCAAGUCUCCUUAUUGUUACUUUUGUCUCCCCCGCCCCCCCUUUCUUCUCCACUAUCUUCCUCUCCUUUGAAAACACCCUCCUCUGUCUCUGUCUCUGUCUCUGUCUCUGCAAAUUUGCCUAAUUUUGUGUAUGUGACAAAGAGCUGAUGGAUCCAGCUUCUGCUCAUGGCCACUCUCUUCCGCCACCCUUUCACACCAGAGACUUCCAGCUCCAGCAGCAGCAGCACCAGUUCCUCCACCACCAGCCAAGCUCCGAGGAUGAGAGGAGCGGUGGCAGCGGCUCCCUAAAGCGGGAGCGCGACGACAACAACGGUGACAAGAACCCUAACGGCGGUGAAUUUGGCAAGGAGCUCGGGGGUGGCGGUCAAGGCGGAGAGGGAGAGAUCACAAGGAGGCCCCGUGGGAGGCCGGCUGGAUCCAAGAACAAGCCAAAGCCCCCGAUCAUAAUCACCCGGGACAGCGCCAACGCGCUCCGCACCCAUGUCAUGGAGAUCGCAGAUGGCUGCGACAUCGUCGAGAGCGUCGCCACCUUUGCGAGGCGGAGGCAGAGGGGGGUGUGCAUAAUGAGCGGGAGCGGGACCGUCACCAACGUCACCCUGAGGCAACCGGCCUCACCUGGUGCGAUCGUGACGCUGCACGGCCGGUUCGAAAUCCUAUCCCUAGCUGGGUCGUUCCUGCCACCUCCCGCGCCACCUGCUGCCUCGGGGCUGACCAUAUACUUGGCGGGCGGGCAAGGGCAGGUGGUUGGGGGGAGCGUCGUGGGGACGCUCAUCGCCUCGGGCCCCGUCGUGAUCAUGGCUGCCUCAUUUAGCAAUGCUGCGUAUGAGAGGCUGCCUCUGGAGGAGGAUGAUGCCGGAAUUCAAGUCCAAGGAGGGAGCAUGGGAUCCCCAGGCAGCGGUGUCGGAGGGCAGACACCACAGCAGCAGCAGCAGCCGCCACCACAGCUCUUGGGAGAUCCGAACAACGCGGGGCUAUUUCACGGGUUGCCUCCAAAUCUCCUCAACUCGAUACAAAUGCCAUCCGAAGCUUACUGGUCUGGAGCUAGACCGCCUUACUAGCGAAAAAUUUCAGUUAUGUUCCUUUCUCUUUUAUUUUUAAUCUCUCUCUCUCUCUCUCUCUCUCUCUCUCUCUCUCUCUCUCUCUCUCUCUCUCUCAUGAGCUUAUUGAAGCUUGCUAGGAGAUAGCCGGAUCUUUUGUAGCUACUAGCGGAAGUAAUCUGUGGUUUUAUUUUUCUUUGAAUGAAUUUUAGGUUUUCUGUCUUCUUCAAUCGAUUAGCUGAUUUCAUUUCUCAUUCUUCCUGACUAGGCCUAGGAAUGAUUGUGUUUGAUUUGAAGAACCGUGUAAAUUGGGUGGUGAGGCGACUUCUGUGAAAUCUUCCGUUGAUGUUGCUCUUGAAUUGUAGGAUCUGAGGAACUUGGAUUUGAUAGAAUUUGUAUUGCUGAGUUUGCUGAUCAAUUCGACAAUUUAUUUUUUGUUCCAAA